ACGUUGCACGCUCUGUAGCCGCUCUGAAGUAGAAAAGUCGUUGAAAUUAGUCGAUAGAAAUAUCUCUCGCACUUUUAUUUUAAAAAUUUGGCAUCUAAAUAUAAGUUUGUGCAAAUAUGGACCAAGAAAUGUAAAAACGUGUAGUUGUUUGACCAACUUACAUCGUUGCUGUUGAGUUUUUCUUUUCCGUUGGAAGUCGUCAUAAUGAACUCGUAUGAUGUUUUGGAGCUGGUGGGAGAAGGCUCGUUUGGUCGAGUUUACAAGGGAAGAAAGAAAUUUACCGGCCAAGUGGUGGCUCUGAAGUUCAUGCCUAAAGUGGACCGUUCUGAAAAAGAGCUACGGAGUCUCAAAAGGGAAAUAGAAAUUAUGAGGGGUCUUCAGCAUCCUUAUAUCGUUCAGUUCUUUGACAGUUUUGAGACUGAAACUGAGGUCGUAGUUGUAACGGAGUAUGCAGAGGGACAGUUGUUCCAGAUUCUGGAGGAUGAUGGACACUUGCCAGAGAUACAGGUGAGAGAGAUCGCCUGCCAGCUGGUCUCAGCUCUUUAUUACUUACACUCCCAUCGUAUUCUUCAUCGUGACAUGAAACCACAGAAUAUCCUGCUUGGGAAAAAUGGAAUGGUGAAACUUUGUGACUUUGGAUUUGCUAGAGCCAUCAGCGUCUCUACUUUGGUCCUGACGUCCAUCAAAGGAACUCCGCUGUACAUGUCCCCGGAGCUGGUCCAGGAGAAGCCCUACGACCACACAGCUGAUCUUUGGUCUCUAGGCUGCAUCCUGUAUGAGCUCCACACGGGGGCGCCACCUUUCUACACUAACUCCAUCUUCCACCUGGUGCAGCUUAUAGUGAGAGAUCAGGUCAAAUGGCCUCAUACUAUGAGCGACACUUGCAUGAGCUUCCUGAAAGGUUUGCUGACCAAAGACCCUCAGAAGCGGCUGUCAUGGCCACACCUCCUGCAUCAUCCCUUUGUCGCUGAUGGAGUUUUAGUGCUGUCGGAGGAAAACGUCUUCAACCCUCUGACGGUCCUGCCCAGCCCAGACAUGCUGGCACUCAAACUCAAGCAAGUGGCAGAAAAGUCUUUACCAGGAUCUGGAGAGAGCCGAUUACUACGAAAGGUCCGGGAGCAGAUGGCGAGCAAAAGGAAACCGGUGGAUGAGAAGGAGAAAAAUAUGGAUGAAAAUCAAACCGCUAACACACUGAAAGGCCACAAGACCCCUCUUGUAGAAGUUCCUGAGCCCUCAGAUGGAUCUGUCUCAGCAGCUGCCAAAGAAAAAAUGAGUCUGAGGAGUCAGGAUUGCACAAGAUCUAAACAAAGGGGACAGAUCAGCAGGGACUACGAGCAGGAGUUUCCCUCCGUGGAGAUCGGGCCACGAGUGGUGAGACGAUCCAAUAAAGACAAUCAGAGUCACAGACAGGAUGUUGACAGGAAGGAAAUGUGGGAGAAUCUCGUGCAAGAAUCAGAUCCCAGCGGGGAGCAGACAAAACGCUUGAACUACGGUGACAUCAUAUCUCAAAUUAAAUCUGAAAUCGCAGCAUUUCAAGCUCAGCUAACAGGUGGAGUUUUACCAGAGGUGCAGCGGAUUCUUCCACCCCUGAAGGUCCUGCGUCAUUUCAUACUGACUCCUGAAACGGAGAAGUUGCACCACAUCAGCCGUGAGCUCGAGCUACCUCACAUCCUCUUUGACCUGAUCCGAGGCUCUGUGGAAAACUCCAGUUUCAUAAAGCAUCAGCAGAUCGUGCCGGUCUUGGGAGAAAUUAGCACGUUGCUUCUGAUCUACUGGGAGAAUCACAGCGACUGGGUGGAAGAAGUGCCCAGACUGGAGGAGUUCACCAGGCCCUUCAUCACAAUCCUUCACAAACCAAACCUCCUCCCCGUGGCUCCUGUGGCCGCUUCCAUCUUGUCUCUCUUCACUCAACAUGAUGUCGAUGUGUUUUUUGAUCUGGGGAAUUUAACCUCCUUGCUGAAAACUCUUCUUCUGGACUCAUACAAGCCACAGAUUUCACUACCGUCUGGUUGGGGAGUGUGUGACGGCCUUCUGUCCUUACUUCUACACACUCUCCAUGAGCAGCAUGAAGAUGCUUCAGUUUCACCUCUUUUAGAUCCAGUUGUGUUUGUUGCUGUGUGGAAGAAGAUCGACUCCUCACUUCGAAGCACAACACCAAAACUGGACUUUUUUUCAGCAAAUGGGCUGUACUCCUUUCUGUGCGUCGUGCUGUUCUUCUUCACCAAGGAUCCACACUCAUGUGUUCCUCUUUUCACCAAGAACAGCUCAACAUGUGUACACACACUGGGGCGGCUGCUGGCCCCUGAUUGUCUCAGAGUGUCUACUGACGACCCUCCUGGGAAUGCUGACAUAGAGCCGAGUUUCUACAGUCUGUCCUCGCUGAGCUGCCACCUGUUGUGUUUUCCUUUUGCCCUGGACCUGCCGUCACACACCACAUCCACCGUUCUGCAGCUGUACGAUAGCUGUGGGAUUGUGUCAAGCCUCCUGCAGGUAAUUCAAACACUUCCUCCUGCUUUACUCGAGCUGCCUCUCUCCCUGCUGAGCCGUUUGCUCCUGUGUGACGCUGAGCGCUCCGUUUCUCACCUCGGAGAAGCUGCCUCUGGGUUCUUCUCAUUGCCGCAGGACGGUCAGACUCUAACCAGGACAGCCAGCUCUCUCCUCUCUGAAUUGCUGCAGAUCAAUGUGCUAUGGGACUCCGCCGUGGAGCUCCUAAAUCUGUUGUCCCAUGUGGCCCGUUGUUCCCGUCAGCCUGCCUGCCCUCAGGUGCAUGUUGAGUCUUCCGUGCUGCAGCGGGCACUGACUCACUCGUAUGACCAGAUCAAGGCUGCUACAUGCAGAUUUCUGGGAAAUUUAGAUCUGUUCAAGCCUUCUGCAGCAGACACGCUGCAGCUUGAUGUUUUCAAGCACAUGAUAGACUGCCUUAAUGGUUCCUGCAUGCCGAUGCGGCGAAUGGCCUGCAAGGCUGUUGGGAACUGGCUGGGCUGUAUUGCAUCAGGGACAGUGUUUAAAACCAGUUGGUCCUUCAGGGAAUCCACUGACACUCCAGAGUCGCAUAAAAAGAAGCAACAUAAGGAACCUGUGUGUUCACGUACCGAAGCAGCCACUGGUUUGGCAACAAAAGAUCACAAUGAUGAUGAGAUGGAGGGAAGAAGAUGGACGCAGGAAACUAAGAGGGCAGCGGUCAUGUUGGCGAGUCUACUCUCUGACCCUGAUGCCGUUACACGGCGUCACAGCUGUGCAGCGCUGGGAAACCUGGUGCAUGUGGAUGGAGCUGUGUCUGUAGUGUUGGAGACAGAUAUCUGCAGCUUACUGCUCAGGGCGGCAUGCACAGAUUCCCAUAAUGCAGUGAGGCAAGCUGCCGUAAGGACUCUGGAUCUGUUCCGCCAGCAGGAUGCAACACGCCAGGUCCUGAUAUCCCUUGAUGCCAAUGAGAAACUUUCUCAGGCAUCUCAUCAGGCUCCUCCACAGCGUGACUGUCAGCAGCUUCCUGGGAAGAUUUAGGAGUUCACCAGAAGUUAAAGAGAAAGUUCAAAUAUCUCACUUUCCGUAGUAAACCAUAUGUUCAUAAUCAGAUAAGUGUUUUACCGUUGCUUACAGUUUUCCUUUUCACUCUAAAUAAAUGUACAAUAAAACAAUAAAGACAUGUUUUUGUUCGUUAAUGCUACAGCUGAAUCAACAGAUUGUGUUUUUUAAUUAAAAACGCAAAAACGUGGUAAUUUUUAAACAGAUUUUAGUGGCGUUCAGCUGAGAUUUGGACAGCUUGUAAAGCUUUUUGCAAUAAUUGUUAGUCAGGAAGGUAUUUAGGUGUGAUUGGUGAAAACAGGAGGAUUGACCAAGAUUUGCAAUUGAUAAAAAUAUCGACUUCACAUUAUUUAUUCAUGUUUGUUUUUUCAGCGCUAGGUCAGAAGAUGGUAGCCUUUUCAAGUCUAAAUAAACAAUUACAUUGAAAAACUAGAUUUUAUUUGCCUUUUCAGUUGGUUCUUAGAAAAAAAAAAACACCGACCAGUCCGUGUCACACUUUAUUUUCCUUUUUGUAAAGAAGCAAGUUUACAUGAAACAAAAGAAAAGUGUGAACAAUAAAAGUUAAAACACAAAGCAUAACAUAUGUUGCAUUUUUGGUUUCAACUUGUUUUAUUGAUAGUACACCGCAGGGCUUAAAAACAUCCUGACGUGAACUUUUAGACAAAAACAGACACAUGAACUCAUGUCGGCUCUAAUAGUCAAGAUUGUCUAUAAAUAAAUGUGCAAAGAAAAAAAUUCUACUGACAUAAUUAGUAAAUUACAAAAUAAUCUUCAAAUAAAGUUUUCAAAAAGUAAAAAAAAAACACAUUUGUUUCCUCGAAAAAUAAAAAAAUUGUUAGAAAUUAGUGCAGAUUAGCUGUAGGCUAAAAUUCUUAUUACCUUAAGCAGUUCAGAGAAAUAAUUCUCACUAUUCUAUUUCAGAAAGAGCACAUUAAUGCAAACGCAUGCAGAGGCUAAAACACAAAAACCUGUAAUAUUUGCACAGAUGUAAAACUCCAACUGGGAAAAUGUUAAAUCUUUCCCACAUAAAGAUGAAGAACUGAGGAGCUUCCAGUUUAUCUCCAUCUGGAAGAUAAAUGUGAAUCCUGAGCUGGAAAUACAAUUCAUUCACUACAAAAGAAGCAAGAGAAGAAUCGUCACAACAAAUUGUCAGUUUUCACCUCAAAACUGUAAAGGACACAAUAUUUGUGUUUUGGUCACAAGUAAAUUGGACACGAUUUGUUACUAUUGCUAAAAAUGUUGCUGUAGUUUUAUUUGUUACAUAAAAAAGAAACCGUUACAAGAAAACACAUUUAAAAUAAACGUUUCUUAAAAAGCAGGGUGAAAUUCUUACAAAUCUCAAUAACAAGAAUAUUUUAAGCGGUGAUUCAAACAAAGUCAGAAGUUGUAACAAUUUUUAAAAAACGAAUGAAGCCAGUUUUGAGAUUUUCUUUUUUUAUGCGAGUUUGUUUUUGCGAUCCUCUUAACAGUAAAUCUGAUAAAUAGAUUAAGUGAUUUAGUAUUUGUACGAUAAUGGAAAGCUUAGAAUACAAAAACUGAGAAUGGAAAUAGUAAAAAUAAAAUAAAUUAAGACAAGAAAGUAGAAAGUAAUAAAUAAAAAACAUUCAGGGCUAUUGCUGACAUCAAUUUUCAUGUAAGGCUAUUAAAAUAUAUAACCUGCUUUGUAAAUUACAUUAAUUUCUAAAAAUAAAAGGAAAUGAAACUAGUCAAUUCACAAAGAGGAAGAUCUGUUAAAAAUGAUUGUCAGUAAAAUGUGGUGCAAUGCCACAGUGAAGGCUCGAGUGAUUUUUCUGUGAUAUCAAUGGAAGAUCAAGUUGAUUUAAAGUGUAGAAAAUAAUUUACGUUAGCAAAGCAUGCAGUUGUCCUCACACCAUAAAAAUAAUAACGAAUAAAAUAAAUUCUCAACAUAAAUGAAAAACACUAAAGGCUACACGUUUUUCCCGCGAGGCUGGAUCGUACGGUACUUGCAGGAAACCGUUGCUAUGCCGUUGAGUCCUGCUUGAGCCUUUGGCUGCGCGCCUUGUAAACUUCAAUCAGCAGGUCUUUAACGUACUGGAUCUCUCGUUCUACCGACUCCGCCUUGUCGCGCAGCUCCCGGUUCCUUCCCUCGAGGCAAUGCAGUUGCUCUUCUAAAGAAUCUAGCUCCGCCCUUUUUCGCUGGCGAUACCUGCAAAAAGUGGUUUUAGGAAAAGUGUAUUCCUCUUUUUUUUUAUUUCAAAAUAAAUGUUAGUCAUCCAGUGUGAACUAUUUACCUAUGGGCGGCAGUUUUGUUCUGAUCCCUUUUCUUUUGUUUUCGCUCCCCUCCUUCGUGCGGAACGAUGUCCACUUCGUAUUUCACAGCGCAGUGGUCUUCCCUCAGCCUGCAGGCUUGCCUGUGCCCUGGAGAGUCCAGGUUCAGACUCUCUCUGGCCAUCAGAAAACAUUCUGGGGCUUGAUGCUCUAGGUAAUUACAGUGCAACUCAGGCUGAAGUAUUUGGAGACUCUCCGUUUUCACCUGUUCAUUGAUAUUUCCCAAGAAACUAUGGUAGGCUUCAGCCUGUGGCGCUGCAGGAACAUAACACCCGUCGCUGCUGUCGCUUUU